AAUGUGACCCAAUGGCUUCUCAUUGAGAGCAUGAUCCUCUGGGACCCUAAGCCCAAAUCUUGAUUUUAGGCAAUUAUACAGAACCAUGUUUGAGGAUCUCUUCUUCAAGUCAUCAAACCAAGCAGCAACAGCAGGGAAUUCGAUUGAAGUAAGAAGCAAAUAUGGCAGAACUAAACAUGGGUAUUCUUAUAGAUAUUGUGGACGAGGAAUGGAUGAGAGACACUUUGCCUGAUGAUGAUCUUGCAUUACCACCGGUGAUGGUUGUCAGGACUGAUGAUACUGAAGAUUCAAAUCAGGAGACUCAACAUGUGGACACAGAUGCUUGGCAUGAUUUGGCCUUAGGCAAUCAGUAAAGUUUUCUGGUGCCAGAUCUUCUGUUUAUUUGUUGUGGAAUCUGUCGAGAUGGUUGAACCUUUGUUUUUGAGACUUUGUUUUCUCAAUGAUAUGAAAUCUAGACUUAGUCCUGUUUGUGUGUAAGGUUUCAGAAAAAACUACUACUCUUUAUGUAAUUGAAUUGAAGGUUGGGGGGGGCUUCAUUGGGUGUAUUGUGUAAAAUGGUUCCACACAUGCUCAUCCCCUUCAAAGUAUGUUUGAAGCUUUGCCCCAUUUGGUGAUGGCGGUGACAUGUUUAAAUGUUAAUAAUGGCAUUAAUGAAAAGUCCUGUGUGUAAAUUGAGUUUUCA